ACGCAUGGAUAUAGGUGUCGAAUUUGUUCCAAUAACUUUCGAGUGAUAGAUAGAGAGAGAGAGAGACAGACAGACAGAUAGCUCGCUCCGGCCAGUCAUGGUAUUAGCUGUCAGUAGCCAAAGAAUCAACUCAAACCAGCAGUAACGUUCCUUGUCAGAUUUUUCUACUUUCACUUCUGACAGCUAAUACCAUGACAGUGCCCAAUGGGCAUGACAGUGCCGAGUUUUUUCUUUUCCAGGUUAUUUCGCAUGCUUUCAACGAAUGUGACAUCGAAAUCACGCGUAAACGGCUCUUUCCCCGAAAAAGCAAAGAUUUGGCUGCUAUUUGUUGCACGCCCUGUUACCACGUAACAGGUAUUUUGGGUCCUUUACUGCAAAUAGCUGUUACGUGGUAGCAGGGUGUGCUAGAAAUAGUAGCCAAACCUUUGGAGCUAAGGUAGUUUGAAUGCACUCGAAAACGUUUUUGUAAUGGUAUUCCCUUGGGACGAUCUUUCGCUUUGACUCUCAGAACUGUCAUCCAGAUCAGCUUAUUCAACAUGUCUCAUACUAUUGAGUCCCCACUUCCAAUCAGGAAGGUAGGGAGAGAGAAGUGGAACAAUAUAAUGGAAACGUGCUGGCAGGCAUGGAAAAAUGGUGCCAUUUUCCCAAACCUGCCACCUCUGAUAAUCUUAUAAGGGUGUCUGGUGACAUAAGGAUGAGAAUUUCUUUAUCGAAAUACAGCAAGAAAUUUGUUUGAUUUUAAAGACAUUAUCAGAAGCACAUGUCACCAUAUAACUACAAUGUUGAUUGAAUUACUCCGAAAUAUUUCUCUGGAUUAAUAUUAGCUUCAACUAAUUUCUGUGAAGUUGAGAAAAUGUUUACUGGAUGAAUUUGUGUUAAAUGUAGUUGGAAAAUUUACUAUGACUCUUGAAGUGACUUCUGUGAAACAUCUUUCAUAGCUGGAUAUUGAAAACUGGAACAAAUUAAGGGAUCUUUUACCUGAUGUCAUUGUCAAAUUGAUUCCUGGGAAAAGAUUCAAUCUGGGUGAAGUGUCUUAUCAGAGUUUUUUAUGGUUUAUAUACCUUAAGAAUAUAUUUCUUUUGAAUUAAUACAGUGUUUAUUCAGAAUAUUUGUGGAACAAUUUCUCAUUUAUAAAUUACAAAGAAAAACUGGAACAUAUGUUUGUAUUGUUAUGUAUUUAAUGGAAAAAAAUUAUGGAUGAGAAACUGUGUGAAAGUCAAGUUUGUGAUGAAACACAACCUAGAGAUAACUAUGUCUUGCAGCAGACUCAGGAAGAUACAGAGGGACAAUCAUAUCCCUGUAAUAUAUGUGGGAAGGUAUUUUCAAGGAAAAGAUAUUCAAUUCGACAUAAAUUAAUUCAUACAGGGAAGAGGCCACAUCGUUGUGAUAUCUGUGGUAAAGCAUUCUUAGAAAGAGGACAAUUGUCUACCCAUAUUCGUACUCACACAGGUGAGAAACCAUAUUCCUGUGAUAUCUGUGGUAAGACAUUCUCUCAGAGACACACCUUACUUUGCCAUAUAAGUAUUCAUACAGGAGAGAAACCAUUCCACUGUGAGUUUUGUGAUAAAGCGUUUCCUGAAAGUAGUGCCUUAUCUAAACACAUACGUAUUCACUCAGGUGAGAAACCAUACCUCUGCAAGACAUGUGGUAAAGCAUUUCCUGUAAGCAGUGCUUUAUCUCAACAUGAACAUAUUCAUGCAGUUGUGAAACCAUACCACUGCGAUAUUUGUGGUAAAACAUUCUCUCAGAGUAAUUCUUUACGUUAUCAUAUAAGUACUCAUACAGGAGAGAAACCAUUCAACUGUGAGAUUUGUGGCAAAACAUUCUCUCGAAGUCAUUCUCUACUGUACCAUAUAAAUAUUCAUACAGGUGAAAAACAAUUCCAUUGUGAGAUAUGUGGUAAAACAUUCUUUGUCAGUGGUAAUUUAUCUCGUCAUAAACGUAUUCACACAGGUGAGAAGCUAUACUCCUGUGAUAUUUGUGGUAAAACAUUCUCUCAAAGUCAUUCUUUGCCUUACCAUUUAAGUACUCAUACAGGUGAGAAACCAUUCCAUUGUGAGAUUUGUGGUAAAACUUUCUGUCAGAAUGGUCUCUUAAACAAGCAUAAACGUAUUCAUACAGGUGAGAAAUCAUAUCACUGUGAUAUCUGUGGUAAGACAUUCUUUCAAAAGAGUGAUUUAUCUCGUCACAAACGUAUUCACACAGGUGAGAAACCCUACCACUGUGAUAGCUGUAGUAAAGAAUUUUCUCAACGUGCUUCUUUAUUGCGUCACAAAUGUAUUCACACAGGUGACAAACUAUAGAACUGUGAUGAAAGGAGUCUUCCUUUGUAAUCAUGCAUCUGACUACUAAUUUACUAGUAUUCUUGUACACAUUUAUGUUAAAAUAUUCUGAAAGGAAAUACUAGUGCUUUGGCUUAUUGAUCAUGAAGACUAUCAUCAUUUAGCAUCCAUUUUCCAUGCUGGCAUGGGUUAGACCAGGGGUUUUCAAACUUUUUGACUUGCGGACCCCUUUAUAUUUCAGGCUUUACCUUAGGGACCCCCUUAUAAACGCUUAUGAAAUUUAUACAUAAAUAUUUGCUUAAAAUAACAUAUAUUUUUACAUUUAUUUAUUUAACAGUAUUUGACAAAUAGGUUUAUUGUCAAAAGAUUUCGAUUAAAAAGCAUAUAUAAAAUCAAAUUGCCCAUAAAAAGUAUUUGCUGUCCACGGACCACAGUUUGAAAACCCCUGGGUUAGACACUGGUAAGCUGGAGAGUUGCACUAGACUCCAGUCUGUUUUGACAUGGUUUUCUACCAUGCUAAUUACUCAACAGUGUGUACAGGGUGCCUUCAACAUAUCAUCAGCACAGGUUUAUUUAACCUUUUUGUUUCCCACUAUUCCUCAACCACAUAAGUGGAUCGAGUAGUGCUGCUAUAAGGGAAUACUUCUUGAUUCAGUUCUAUAUUUGAGAGAUGAGGAAUAAUGUACAUUAUUUACAUUUGACGGAUAUUUGUCCUCAUCUUGUUUGUUGUUAACACCUUCAUCAGGUGUUUUGGGGAAAUUUCGAACCUGGGUUCUUAUUCCUAAGGUAUUUUUUCGAUGUUGUUGUUGUUGUUAUUAUUUAGGUCACUGCCUGGAAUCAAACUCGGAAUCUUGGGGUUAGUAGCCCAUGCUCUUAACCACUACACCAUAUGCCUGUGGGCAAUUAUGGAGUGAAUUUUAGGGCUUAUAAAUCUAAUGUUUUCCUAUCCUUCCUAAAUACCAGUUCCCAAUACUUCUUGAUUGUUAGGGGCUAGCUGUUGUAGUAAUUGUUGUGGAUGACGCUCCUGGAUUUCAUUGGCCAUGGCUGAAAGAAAGAUUUUUGUGUCUCAUGGUUAAUUCCUGAAAAUGAUAAGGGUUGCCAUAGGAUUAACAGCUUUCAUGAAUUGAGGCUGUUGCUUUUGUUGUAGAUUUUUUGCAGAAAGCUUGUAGGUGGGUUUUGCUGGUCAUCUGAAUUUAAUACUGAGCUUUAAGAACUUUUUCUUGGUACUUCUCCAUGGGACUCAGUUCUGGUAAUGUUUUGUGGUCUUGCAGAGUCAUGAGGAAUUUCAUGUCCAUAAUGUUCUAGUAAAGCUUUGGGUCAACCAAAGUCUUGUGAGUGGAUUUGUUUGACAGAAACUGAAAUGAAGCCUAUCGUGUGUGUGUAUGUACAUACGUGCCGGUGGCACGUGGAAGCACCCACUACACUCUUGGAGUGGUUGGCAUUGGGAAGGGCAUCCAGCUGUAGAAACUCUGCCAGAUCAGAUUGAAGCCUGGUGCAGCCAUCUGGUUCGCCAGUCCUCAGUCAAAUCGUCUAACCCAUGCUAGCAUGGAAAGUGGACGUUAAAUGAUGAUGAUGAUGAUAUAUAUAUAUAUAUAUAUCACCAAUGAUCAGUCCUCAGUCCCUUCUUAUUAUCAUAGUUCUCCAGGCAAUAACAGAGGAAUUCAAGACUGGCUACUCAUGCGAGCUCCUCUAUGGUGAUGACCUUCCUCUAAUAGCUGAGUCACUCCAGAAUUAGAGAAGUUUCAGAUGUAGAAGCAAGGUCUAGAAUCGAAGGGCCUUAGAGUCAAUCUAGCGAAAGCCAAAGUCUUAGUAAGUAGGAAGGCAGACAAAUCACAAAUUGCUUCAGGUGGAUGGCCCUGCUCAAUCUGUAGAAAAGGCAUAGGUAGAAACUCCAUAAGAUGUACCCAGUAUAAGCUAUGGACACAUAAGAGGUGCAGCAUUAUCAAAGGAAGGUUAACUGGGAAGAUAGUUUUUGUGUGUGGCAGAUGCAUAGGGGCAAUAUUUAUGUUCAAUGCUGGCAUGCAUUGCACGGUGCGACAAGGAUCCAAAGAGUCAAGCACUGCAUCAUACUCCAGUUUCUGCGGCUGGAUGCCCUUCUUAAUGCCAGUCACUUUACAGUGUGUAUAUGAUGACCUCAGUAGUGCAACUGGCACUAUUGAGGUCACCAUGUAGCUUGCAAGUCAACAAAACCAAAGAGGGAGGAUUUUGCUUCUGUAUGCUAGAUGGUGGUUAAGAUAUGAGGGAAGAGGUUGGAGUAGAGGAGCUACAUGGCUAUUCACACUUAGGAGGGAGAGUGAGCAUUAGAGGUAUCUUUAAGGAGACAGACGGUGGUGAUCAGGUGUCCAGGCAGCAGGAGCAGUAGUAGGAGAGGGAGUAUGCAACAUCUCUAAGGAUUGGGGAAGGGCACACAAAUUGUGGGGGCUACAGGGAUAUAUAUUUAUAUAUAAAUCAUAUAUUGUUUGUUUUUAUGUUACAAUAAAAACAAUUUUAUUUUAAACUGAAGGAUUAUUCAAUACUUUUUUCUCAAGUAUAUAUUUAAUAAUUUUUCAUAAGAAUAUUAUUGACAGUGACUUCAAAGUUUUGGCCUGUUAAGCUAUCACCAGACGGUGCAAUGAUGAGUUAGCAAGCCAAGACUUUGAAGUCACUGUCAGUAUUAUUCUUGUUAAAGAAUAAUAUAUAUGAUAAUGAUGAUGUGUAUAUGAUUGUUGUACUUGUCUUUAUGUCAAGAGAUGGUUGUAAAUGAUUCUGACCAUAUGACAUCAAGUGAUGUUCAUUUCCAGUCUGGGUAUGGGGGAAUUUUUACUUUACCCAGAAACAGACGAGGUUUGGCAACAGAAAGGGCAUCCAGCCACAGAAAAUUUGCCUCAACAAAGAUUACAUCUGAUUCAUGCACAUAUUGAAAAGUGGACAUUAAAUGAUAAACGAAUGAUUACUAGCCAGACAUCGUCACUGAUGUUUCUAACAGUGGCCUUUGUGUUCUCUGUUUCCCAAAUACUGCAGAACCAGCUUAUAGUUUUGCAUACUAUUUGUACUUACAUUUUUGCCCCGUGCUUACUUUUAUAAAGAAUACAUUUGAUACCAUAUGCCCUUCCUGUCCCAAUAAAACAUAUUUCACUCAAAAUAUC